CCCCAGAGAGACACAGGACGUGUACCCCAAGAACCAGAGAGCCAACCAACCCAACCCCUGAGCAUCUCCGGCCACGCAUCGGCUAAGCACACGCAAACAGCCGCCCCCACGAUACUCACGAGGCUCCUUCCCCUCCGUGCGCUCUCUUGUUUCCCCCAUCCCAUGGCCACCCCAACCACGACGCCGGCAACGAUGCGGGCCGUGCAGUACGACGCCUGCGGCGGAGGCGCCGCCGGCCUCAAGCAUGUAGAAGUCCCCGUCCCUUCUGCAAAGAAGAAUGAGGUCCUGCUGAAACUGCAAGCUGCAACCAUCAACCCAGUUGACUGGAAGAUACAGAAAGGGGACUUGAGGCCUCUGCUGCCUCGUAGACUGCCUUUUAUCCCAGUGACUGAUGUUGCAGGAGUAGUUGUUGAUGUUGGUCCUGGAGUGAAAGGUCUCACAGCGGGUGAUCAAGUCGUCGCCAUGUUGAACUCUUUUAACGGAGGUGGACUGGCAGAGUAUGCUGUAGCAUCCGCAAACCUGACCGUCAAAAGGCCAGCUGAGGUUUCUGCAGCUGAGGGUGCUGGGCUUCCCAUUGCUGCAGGCACUGCGCUCCAGGCACUGAGGUCCAUUGGUGCCAAGUUUGACGGCACCGGCAAGCCAUUAAACGUGUUGGUCACCGCUGCCUCUGGCGGCGUAGGCCUGUACGUGGUGCAGCUUGCAAAGCUAGCGAACCUUCAUGUUACCGCCACCUGCGGCGCACGCAACAUGGAUCUUGUGAAGAGCUUGGGCGCAGACGAGGUGAUGGACUACAGGACCCCAGAGGGGGCGAGCCUGCAGAGUCCCUCCGGCAGGAAGUACGACGGCGUGGUUCACUGCACCGUCGGUGUCAGCUGGUCGUCUUUCCAGCCAUUGCUCAGUGAUGCCGGGCGAGUGAUCGAUAUCACCCCCAACUUCUCGGCCAUCCUCACAUCUGCGCUGCACAGGAUGACAUUUUCCAAGAAGCGCUUGGUGCCCCUGCUCCUGUCGCCCAACAAGGCGGACCUGGAGUUCUUGGUUGGGUUGCUCAAGGAAGGCAAGCUGAAGACGGUGGUCGACUCGAAGUUCCCGUUGAGCGAGGCAGACAAGGCGUGGCAGAGCAGUAUCGAUGGCCAUGCCACUGGUAAGAUUGUCGUUGAGAUGGAGAGCUGAUCGUCGUCAAUGCUUCCUAGUAUUAAGGACUUGCAUACAGACGGUGGACGUGAAUACUUAGAUGUAAUCAUACAGACUAGUCACUUGUGCGUUUGUUUAUUGGGUGAUGGUUCGUUUAUUCAGUUUAUAUUAUAUUAUAUCUUACAGUAUAUUAUUAAAAGGGUAUUGAGAACUA